AACCAGAAAGAAAAAUAAAAAAAAUUUUCAUUGGAAAUGGCCAUCAUCAUUAUCAUGAUCAUGAUGACUAUCAUUCGAAAGUAUAUGUCCAAUAUUAUGAUAAUGAAGAUGGCUGAAAGUAGCGAAAGAAAGAAAGGAUAAUGAAAUACUGAAUUGAGAUGGAUGUUGAAUGGACAUGGUUGCAAUAUUGCAAAUAAUAAUCGUCAAUACGAAUGUAAAAAGAUGAUGGACAUUGGUGUAAACUGGCGUGGUUUUGAAAAGUAUUGGGAAAAAAAAGGUGGUACAACCGUCAUCAUUCGACUUAAAAUUGAGAUAAAAAAAGAAGAAAGAUUUAUAGCCAAUACUAGUACAUGAUAAUAACCAUAACGUUUAUGUUGUUGCGUUUGGUUCUUUGUUGGUUGGUUGUUUUUGGCUAAAUCGUUACGAAUUGUUGAACAACAAAACAACAACGACGACAAUAACAACGAAGAAAGAAGAAAAGAAAAAACGCUUCGUUUUUUUUGUUACGUCGUAGUCGAAAUCACAUCAAUUAAAUAGAGUGUGUGUGUGUUUUCUGGAUUUUUAUUAUUUGGAAUUUUUAUCACCAAUUUUUUUUUAAGUGAAUUUGAAUUUUAUCUAUCUCGUCUUUGCAACAUAAUCAAAUUAAAUCAUGGGAAAAACUGAAGAGACAAGUUUUGAUAACAAUAAUAAUAAUAAUAAUGACACCGAUAUCAAUAAAAAGAAUGUUACAUUACCGGAAAAAUCCGAAUCACCGCCAACGACAAAAACGAAUAAAGAUGGUGCAUUGAAACGGAAAUGGAAACGUGUACUACGUACACGGCCACAUUUAUUCAUAAUUUUCAUUAUAAGUGUUAUUGGUUUUUGUUAUCAUUUCAAUAUUGCGCUGAAUCAAUAUUGGGAUUAUAAAACAACCGUAUCGUUUUCGAAUGAAGAUCCAAAAGAUUAUAAAUUUCAUUAUCCAAGCGCAACGGUUUGUUUCCAGGAUGUUGUACCAUAUUUUAAAUUAUUUGAAAAAUUUCCCGAAUAUGAAGAAAAUGUGAAUAGAAUCUAUGGUGAAAUGAAACGACGAAAUAAUAGUAAUUUUUGGAAUAAUCCAGCGACGAAAAAAUUGAUCAAUGUUACUGGUGUCAAUCUGGAAGCGCUGCAUUUACAUAAAUAUUUUGAAGAGAAAAUAUUUCGUCGUGAAAAACUUAUUGAUAUUUUGGAGAAAUAUUCACAUAGUGAACACGAAGAAUGUUUACUGGAUUCAAAACCAGCAUCAAAAUAUGGCUAUAAAUUGCACAAUUGUGAAAAUGUUACACGCAUAAUCCAAACAAUUAAUGGUGAAUUUCGUUGCUUCACGUAUUUUUCGCAUUUUGAUGUUAAAGAAAAUGAAAUGUCUGAAUAUUUUGACGAUAAUUUUAUGACAUCAAUAUUUAUUAGUUCGAAAACUUUUGAACGUCGUACAAAUAAAGUUUAUUACAUAAGCCACGCAUUAAAUCAUUCACGAUCAUCGCAUCCAUUCGAGAAAGAAUUACGUGCACGUAUCGCAAUACAUCCAUCGGAUAUGAUACCGGUGCCGGAAUUUUAUCCAACAAUUUCAUUAUAUCAAUUUUCACGUUUUUAUGUCAUAAAUUUCCAAAAAACAAUUUCCUAUCUAUUGGAGAAACCAUAUAUUACAAAUUGCUUUAAAUAUGAUCUAGGUAAUCGUGAAGCAUUACAAUCACACGACGAUUGUUUCACAAAAUGUGUUAUGAAUAAAUAUCGUGAAAAAUGUAAAUGCCUACCACGUAGUGGACUAUUAUAUCGACGAUCCUUACUGACCGAUGAAGAUUACUUCUGCCCGGUGAUAAAUAAAUGUCAAUUUACAAAUUAUCGUACAGAAUGUUCAAAUGAAUGUCAACCAGAUUGUGUUGAAGAGAAAUAUGAAUUCGAGAAAUUUGUCGAUAUACCAUUUUAUCAACAUAAAAAUCGUACCGGUAUACAGAUUAGUCGUAAACCUGUGUUUGAUAAAGUUUAUCGUCAUUCACCAGCGAUGACAUUCAUACAAUUGAUUUGUGAUUUUGGUGGUUUAGGUGGCCUAUGGCUUGGUUUCUCAGUGAUUUCCAUUACAGCGGCUAUUAUUUCAUUGAUAACAAAACCAUUGGAAAAGAUUGUUGUCGUUAAAAAUGGUGAUAAAGAAUGAAAAA